GCGAGAGAGUAACACGAAACGAAAUAUACAAUUCCGCUUUAUAAUGCACGUCGGCGCGCCGGAUCGCGCGCGACGCCGCAAGAAAGCAGCGGCCGGGUUUCUACGUUCCGUUUUUAUUCGCUCGUCGGACGGUCCGCUGCUCCGCUGAGAGUCAAGUUCGUCGCGCUCCGCUGUGCGCGCCGCCGCGUCCGUGGCGCGCUCUCGCGCGGCGUUCACCAUCGCGCUUUCGAUUGUGCGUCGCCGCGCCGCAUCGCAUCGCAUCGCAUCUCGCCGCACAACGGUCUACCUGCGAGGAAGAGAGAAGGAGCAAGUCUGCGGGGACGAGGAUCGAUACGCUCAUCGAGAUCGACACAAAAAAGUCCUUGAACUUCGUGGAUUGCGAGGAAGUUUGGAAAGAUCAACAGGAUUCUACGGCGGCGGAACCGAAAAACUUGGUCAAUUCGAGUUUUCGCCGGCAGGAAGAGCUUGAAACAACUCUGCGGACUCGAAGAGAUUCAAAAAAAUCGAGAGUAAUCUGAGAGAAGGAAGGAAGGAAUCGGAGGAGGGCCCGGCUUCGAGGAAGAGACACUCCCAUCGCUCGUGCUACGGGCCCACCCCGACGACGUAUACGCGUCUCGAUAGAGAGAUCACGUUGUGUUCGUCGAUCACGCCAUCGUUCAAGUCGGGGGACCGACGGUGCUCGAAACUCUGUCGUGAUCCAAUUCGUGUGAGGCUCCUCGUCUGCACCUGCCGUAUGCCAUCAGAGAGGAAGAACGUGGUCAACAGCGCGGCACGGGCUGUCUGUAUCGAAUGUCGUCGAGAAGACGUCUGAAAAUCGUCGGCGGAAGGACGACGAUGCAGUUUCCAACCCAUCAUCGGAUGUCCCCGUCGAGCUCGGUCGGCUAAUCGACGAUUAAUCGCGAGAACGAUAUCCACGCGCGUGUACACACAACUUCGUUCCCCCGAAAGUACUCGGAGAACGGGAACUCAGUCGUUACGUGAGUUAUAUAUGGACCAAGUCGUGGGAAAAGGUGGAUUCGAACGGAUUCGCGGUUUCUUUCCCUUCUCUUCUUUGUAUCUGAAUCGCGACGGAGAGAGCGUGUUGAUUUCUGUGAUACUGGUGUCGCGCGUGGUGGUUAACGACCCUGUUGUCGCUUGGUGGUGAUUUCGACGGUGUAGUGGUGAGAAGUUCUGUUGGUGCGCGAGGGUGGUGUCCCACAAGAAGGAAGAGAAGAACGGAGAGAAAGAAAGAGAUAGAGAGAGAGAGAGAGAGAGAGAGAGGAGAACGUCUCUCGUGUACGCGUGACUUUCAAUUCAUUACCACGGAUCUCCCCCGGCAAUUCGACGCCGCGCCCACCCUCGAUGAGAGGAGGCACAUGUCCAUUGCUGCCACUGAAAAUGCAGGGCCUGGCCCGUGUGAAUUGCAAGACCCGUUGUGGGUCAAAAUGAGUGCGAUUACCAGCGGCAUUACCAAGAAAAGAAAGAAAUCAGAUGCGAAGCCUCAGUCGCAGCUUAACAAGUGCCUUAACGAAAAAAGACGACGGAACCAAGAGAACUUGUAUAUCGAUGAGCUUGCCGAGCUGAUUUCCGCUACGGACAUGAGCUCUGGCAAGACUGACAAAUGCCAGAUCCUUCAGAAAACCGUCGAUCAGAUUCGGCACUUUAGGCAACAAGAGGGUUCCAAUAGUCAUGCCGUACAACAGGGAGAAGUGUCCUCUUCGAAUCCCAACAUAUUAUCCAACGAUCAAGUUGGUCCUAUCUUACUUGAGGCGCUAGACGGCUUUCUAUUUGUUGUAAAUACGGAGGGCCGCGUGGAGUACGUUACGGAUAACAUAACGCAGUACAUAAACUACACGAAGGACGAUGUGCUCGGAAAAGAUAUUUACAACAUUAUUCAUCAUGGAGAUCACAACACCUUCAUGCCUAGUUUAUUACCCAUGUCUUUAGGCUGGACCAGCGAGCCACAGCCUCAGACCAGGAAUCGUACCUUUAAUUGCCGCUUCUUGGUGAAGCCUCCCGAUGAUAAGGACGAGACUAUGGAAGAGAAGCAACAGCGAAUAUCGAAGUACGAGUCUAUGCAAAUCAGUUCUGCUCUUCUGCCCAGUAACGCUGAUCGUCUCGAGAGUGGUGAUGUAUCCUCUGAAUCGUCAGACAUUGUUCCUUGCGUGAUGUGCGUAGCGCGUAGAAUACCGCCGAACGAGAAGCUCAUUGGUCCCGUUGAGCAAUUCACCGUCAGAUUGGAUACCACUGGGAAAAUAAUCGCGGUCGACAUCAGUUGGUUAUCCCCUGCUUACUCCAAGUACCUAAAUAAGGACCUGGUAGGCACAGCGAUUAAGGACUUGUGCCACCCUCAUGAUCGCAGUACGCUCCUGAAGCAUUUGAAUGAUACGGUCCAAGUCGGAGAAAGUACGAGCGAUGUUUACCGACUGCGCGUUAGUCCUGAUAAGUUCCUUAAGAUACAAACAAAGUCAAAAUUUUUCAAAGCGACUUUGAAUACGCAGGACGCGUUUGAUUUCAUGAUGGCAACUAAUUCUAUUAUUGGGGACAAUGACUUAAUGCCUAUCGAGGGUGGUCAGCUUUCCAACAACAAAGUGUGCUCAGGACACUCUAGCAACCGUUGUGCGAAUAAUAGUAAUAAUAAUAACGGUAAUAAUAACAAUAACGUGGGUGGCCCGCUGAUGUCUGUCGCGCAUCUGAACGGUCAAGUGAGUGGUAUCAGCUCGCGGUAUGGCAGGGGGGGCAGGGGUGCCAGUGGCGGUGGCGGCGGCGGUGGUGGUAGUGGCGGUAGCAGUGAUUCGUGCAACCCCCUAACGUCGCUGAGCACGUCAACUGGUAAUCCGUUCAACCAUUUUUCGGGGAACAUGGACCUGGAAUUCGAGCUCUUCCCCAGUUCCACAUGGGACUUGGAUAGUAGUGCCGGGUGGACGGAUAGGCCGGAGUCGAGAGCAAGCGGGCCACCAAACUCACGACCACCUUCCCAGCCAUCCCCAACACCACCAAGUCCACAGGGAACUUUCUCUAACUCGACGUUAAUGCCUAUAGACAGACUUAGCCCAAAUCCGGUCUGCAUCGCUCCUACCUUCAGUAAUUCGUUCCCCUUCAGUCCUCUUCAGGAGACGACGCAGACGGCUACAUUGAGCAAUGCUGCCAGUAAUGUCAACACCAACGGCGGUGGCGGUGCCGGCAGCAGCGGAGUCAGUGGCGUCGGUAGUAACACCACAACAACCGUCAAACGAACUGAAGAGAGUAACAAGAGCGGAUGUCCUACUAGCAACAGUGGUGGCGGUGGUACUAUGGACAAUGCGACCACGAGGACCAGCAACACUGCCGUUACCGCCGUUGAGACUCAGAACAACAGUGUUGUGUCCACCGAGUCCGGUAGACUCAGAAACUUAUUGACGAAGGGCCCGAGCGCUAGUGACGAUAGCCAGGACAAUACAAAUAACGAUUCAGAUAAUCAGAAUAAGCAUCGGAUAUUGAAAAUCCUGUUGAACCAGCAAGACGAAGAUGACUAUCAUACGGAACAUAAAGUACGUACGAGCCCUAGUAACAUGCCAAAGUCGAGCAUGGAGCACUCUAAAUCGUCGCUCGGAAAUAACAUGUUAUUGCAAUUAUUAAAUGAGAAAAAUGACGACGAGGACGAAGAAACACGUGCCGGGGCGAAGAAAAGAAAUGAACUCCUGCAACAGCUGAUGAAAAAUCAAGACGAAGAGAGAAAGUUGCAGGAACAACAGCACAAUCGAGAUAACGACCCUCUUUUACGGAGUCUUGGAUUUAACACCACGUCACCGUCUCCGUCGCAAUCAAGUGAUCACAUAGGUCUCGGGAACACGACGCAGGUAGGCCAGAAGAGGCCAGGAGAGGAUGGUGAUUUAAACAUAGCCGUGAAGCGACCUGUGGACGGCUCGCAGGUGUCUUCUUCGGGUACGAGCUCUUCGAAUAGCGCAACGAGUAAGCUAUGGGAGAAGAAUAAAAUGUUGGCGUCUUUGUUAGCGAAACAACCGCCACAACCAACGAAUAUCCCACCGAUUCCUGCGUCUGUGAUAUCGGCAACGCCACAGGACAAGCUGCCUCGCUUAAAACAGCAGCCGCCACAACAGCAACAACAGCAGCAGCAACAACAGCAGCAGCAGCAGCAGCAGCAGCAGCAGCAGGCGCAACAACAACCGCAACAACAGCAGCCUUGGACUGGUGGCAGUUUGCAAGUUGGUAAUAAUAAUGCGAUUACGACGACCACGACGUCGGCGCGUCCUCUCCAAAGCCAGUCGAGACAACUACCUCGUCCAGCAACCAAUACCUACCUCAGUCAUAUGCUAAGUCAGCAACAGAGGCCCCAAAUGGGACCAAUCGAGUCCGAGUUUGCGGGUAGCGGAGAAUAUCGUCAGACUAGCAACGAUCCAACUAACUGGCAUAAUCAGUCGUCGGAUCCGGAUCUCUCCGAAAUUUUGGAUCAAGUCAUCGAGAUUGUCCCGGAUGAAGAUAUCACAAGAACUCUUCUAGCUGAUAUCGAAGCGCCGGAGAAUAAUGCCAUGAACGAAACAAUGGCAAUUAAUGCUAUUCAGAAGACGUUGAUGUUGUGCGAGACUGUUGUGAAUUCGACGUCCUCCAGUAUAACUAUGUCUGGCACGCCUCCAGCCUAUUCGACUGCGUUGGGUACUACGCCUGUGACGACUGCCAGUCAUAAUUACCAGCCACCUCCUAUGUAUCAACAGCCCAGGAUGAGGUUCAAUCAGCCAAGCAUUAGACAGCCUGGCCAGUUUACACAGUUGCAGCUGCAACAGCAACGUUCUAAGCUCAUACAUCAACAACAACAGCAGCAGCAACAACAACAGCAGAAGCAACGAUUAUUACAACAACAGCAGCAGCAACAGUUGCUUAUCCCAUCGAAUGCUACUGCGACGGAUCAAAUGAACAGUGGCAUUAACAUCGACAACCUUUUGAACAAUACCGUUGCGCCGCCGAAUGUGUCGUUGCAGCGAUCGAAUGGCCCAGAUUCACAAGUUUCUCCAGGCUAUGGGGCAUCCGUCCAGAUGGCUUCUGGUCACCGACUCGCUCACUCAUAUUCCCAUCCAUCGACGAUAUCGCAGCACCACAUUGUGAAUAGUAAUUUCAACAGUGGUCAACAAGUGUCCGCCGCGGCGAGGCUUUCGCCACAUUCUCCGGCCGGUAUACUGCCGGUGUCGUUCUCUCAUCCGCCAUUAUCACCACGGGUGGCACAAGGCAAUUACGGCAACACACCGAGAUUAUUCAACCAGGUGAACCAGGUGAGACCGCAACAGCAGGUCACGACGCAACAACAGCUACAGCAGCAGCAACAACAACGAUCGAUGCCUUCGCCAGGGACGGCAGCCUCCGCCCGGCAAUCUCCGUUUCCUGCCGAAGCGUUUCCUCCACCGACGUCGCCCACAGCCAGCCAGUUCCCACCAGGUCCCAAUACUGGUGCACCAAAUCCAUCGGCUCAAUAUCGAAUUCAACGGACCACGUCUACUCCUUCUGCUACGACGCAGUUGCCAGGUGGAAUUGGAUCGCCUAGGCCCUAUGGAACAACAAUAAGUAAGGAACCUCUUCUUUCACCUAGUCAUUCACACUCGGCUUGUCCGGCAACACCUACUCAUAAUCAACACAACGCCACUAAUACACAACACUUUACGAGUCAACAACAUACCCCUAUGUUAUACCAACACACCAACGCCAACACUAUCAACACGGCAGAUAUGCAGAACAGUCAGUUCUGUUACGAUCGGUCGUCAGUACCGCUCUAUCCGUCUGGCGGGGAAGCGCAAGAUGCCAGGUCACUGCCUUCCGCUAAUAACGUCAAUCACCAAAUCGGUAACGCCAGCACUUCGGAAUUUGUGCGGCAAGAAUUAAGGGCAAUUGUUGGCGCGCGAACGCAACAGCAACAGCAGCAGCAGCAACAGAGAGUGCCCAACAACCUACAGAAUAAUCUUUCUGGUCAAGUUUCUCAGGAUGAUCUUGAAGCACUUGGUCUGACAUUCGAGAUGCCUUCUGCAGGUGAGGCUGUGGUUAGCGAUGGCCCCGCCAAGAUCUGGGGGAGCGCCGGAAGUGCCCCCUCGUCCUCCAGGAUUACUAUGGAGGAGGCACGAGGUGAUCCGACGAAAUCAUCAUUGCUGCAGAAGCUACUGCAGUCCGAGUGACUGCAGGCCACUAUCCCGUCAUGCAGUAAAGAGUUAUAUGUAAUAUAUUUUUGAGUGUGCGGAACGGAGAUAUAUAGGACGUAUAUAAAACGCGGAAGAGAGCAAGAGUGUGAAAAAAAGGAGAGAAAUGUGUGAGAAAGUGUUAUAAAAUGCAUAUACACUUAUACGUAAUGGAUACUAUUGUAUUAUAUGUAACGUCACACACGGAGUCAGUAUUCAUAUACGUAUCACCAAAUACAAUGCAAAACUAGCGCGCGGUGCUCUCUAGAAUGUUGCCCGUCGAUCAGUCGAGAAAAAAAGGACGAGCGAGAGCGAGAGAGAGAGAGAGAGAGAGAGAGAGAGAGAGAAGAGAGAAAAGA